AUGGCGGAGGCGGCGGUGCCUUGCCGGGUGCAGUACCUGGAGGACUCGGACCCCUUCGGCUGCGGCAGCUUCCCGGAGCCGCGGCGAGCCCCGGUGUACGCCGUGGAAGAGGCGCUGCCGCUGGGGCUGCAGCUGCCCGCCCUGCACCGCCUGCUCGGAGCGCCGCUGCCGCUGGAAGACUGCACACUGCAGGUCUCACCCUCUGGACACUACCUGGACCUCGACUUGUCCCUGCUAGAGCAGAAAGAUGACCUGGAGGGUUUCUACGAGGAGGUCAGGAAGGGGAGACGACCGACCCUGAUCCUGCGCACGCAGCUCUCUGUCCGGGUCCACGCCAUCAUCGAGAAGCUGUACAACUGCCAGGGGCCGGAGCUGAGGCGUUCCCUCUUCUCCCUCAAGCAGCUCUUUCAGGAGGACAAGGACCUGGUGCCUGAGUUUGUGAACCUGGACGGGCUGAGCUGCCUGAUCAAAGUGGGGGCAGAGGCUGACCAGAACUACCAGAAUUACAUCCUGCGGGCCCUGAGCCAGAUCAUGCUCUUUGUGGAUGGGAUGCAAGGAGUCAUCAACCACAACGAGACCAUCCAGUGGCUCUACACACUGUCAGGAAGCCUGUUUCGUUUGGUGGUGAAGAUGGCUCUGAAGCUGCUGUUGGUGUUCGUGGAGUACGCAGAGCCCAACGCCCUGCUCCUCAUCCGCGCCGUCAACGCCGUGGACCGGGCCAGAGGUGCAUGCCCGUGGUCCAACCUGAUGGCCAUCCUGGAGCAACGCCACGGCAGUGACACGGAGCUGCUGGUGUUCACCAUGACGCUGAUCAACAAGACACUGGCAGCCCUCCCAGACCAGGACAGCUUCUAUGAUGUGACAGACUGCCUGGAGCAGCAGGGCAUGGAGCGGGUGGUGCAGGAGUACCUGGGCAGCAAGGGCACCGACCUCGACCUGAAGCAGCAGUUCACACUUUAUGAGAGUGCCCUCAAGCUGGAGGAUGGAGUGGAGGAGCCUCCGGCGGGAGGACGCAAGGAGCGGAGGAGGACAGAGGAGGGCCGGCGUGGGUGGCGAGCCCAGGGGGGCUGCUCCGAGCCCAGCCCCGAGCCACAGCCCCUGCUGGGCUCCCCUGGCACCCCCAAGGACCCCCCCAUGGAGGGCAGCCUGGCAGAGUGAGUCCCUGUGAGCUCUGCUCUCUCCCCCAGCUCCUGUCCCAGCACCUACAGCAGUGCCCUGCGGCUGGCCCUGGGCUCCCCCCAGGCGGAGAAGGAGCAGUCCCCGGCCCUGGGCGAGCGCAGCGUCUACAAGCUGCACCAAACUGCCCCUGGCUGGCGGGAGGAUGCCCCCUCCCUGCGUGGGGCCAAGCCCAUUUUGAGGAGGUUUGAAGCUCGCUUCCUGGAGAACCUGGCUGCAGCCCAGAAGGAGAAGCUCUCUUCCAUGGCCAAGGGCCGGCUGGAUGUCCUCAGUGAUGCUGUGCUGGAGCACCCUGCUGCCUUCACCUGGGACAAGGACAGCAGCACCCCUGAGCCCGGGAUGGAGCCACCCAGCACCAGGUCUGGUGUGGCUCAGCCAGACAUCACCGACUCCUGCAGCACCAUCUCCUGCGACACCAAGUUCAUGCUGGACAUGCUCUAUGCCAAGGGCUCCUCGGAGCCAGGGAGGGAGCAGGUCCUCCUGGAGGGCCCAUCACCACCCCCAGACCAGGGUGAGGCAGAGAUGGACACCAAGGGAGCUGGCAACCAGGCACAGGAGGGGGCCUGUCACCGUGGCAGGGCUCCAGCCGGGCCAGUGGCCAGUGCCCAUGCCAAGCUGGUGCGUGCCAUGUCCAGCAUCGAUGCCGAGACCCACACGCAGAAGCUGGAGAACACUGGGAUGAUGCCCAUCAAGAAGGACAUGGAGCUGACCUGGGAGCGCCUGGAGGCCAGCCCUGUGCAGCUGAGGAUCAAGGACCUGGACUUCACUGAUCUGGGGGAAGAGGAAGACUUUGACAUCCUGGACUCAGGGCCCAUGGCCAAUGGCUCCUUUUGUCCUCCUGGCAUCAAAGCAUCGAACAUUGGAGCUCUUAUGGCUCCCCCUCCACCUCCUGCAAUCCCUGGCUGCCCACCACCUCCCCCUCCACCUCCUGCAAUCCCUGGCUGCCCACCACCUCCCCCUCCACCUCCUGCAAUCCCUGGCUGCCCACCACCUCCCCCAGGGCUGCCAGGCCACUCAGCAACAGAUGGCCCCUCUGAGGCCAAGAAGAAGAGGACAGUGAAACUCUUCUGGAAGGAGCUGAAGCAGCUGGAUGGCACUGUGGGGCCAAGCAGGUUUGGGCAGGGCACGCUGUGGGCAUCCCUGCAGAAUGUCGAGAUCAAUACUGCCAAACUGGAGCAUCUCUUUGAGUCACGGUCAAAGGAAGCACCAACUUCAAAGAAGGCCAUCGAUGGGAAGAAGGUGGUGGUGGUGCUGGAUCCCAAGAGGAGCAAUGCCAUCAACAUUGGGCUGACAGUGCUGCCCCCUGUGCACAUUAUCAAGACAGCUGUGCUCAACUUUGAUGAGUUUGCAGUCAACAAGGAAGGGAUUGAGAAAAUCCUGACCAUGGUCCCCACUGAGGAGGAGAAGCAGAAGAUCCAAGAGGCCCAGCUGGCCAACCCUGAUGUGCCCCUGGGCUCUGCAGAGCAGUUCCUGCUUGCCCUGUCUUCCAUCAGCGACCUCACAGCCAGGCUCCAGCUCUGGGCCUUCAAGCUGGACUAUGAGAGCCUGGAGCAGGAGAUUGCAGAGCCACUCUUUGAUCUGAAGGUGGGCAUGGAGCAGCUGGCCAGAAAUCACACCUUCAAGUGCAUCCUGGCCACGCUGCUGGCCAUGGGCAACUUCCUGAACGGCUCCCAGAGCAGAGGCUUCGAGUUGGGCUACCUGGAGAAGGUCUCAGAGGUGAAGGACACGGUGCACAGGCAGUCCCUGCUCCACCAUCUCUGCCAGAUGGUGGUGGAGAAGUUCCCAGACAGCACUGACCUCUACUCGGAGAUCGCCUCCAUCACCCGCUCGGCCAAGGUGGACUUUGACGAGCUGGCCAACAGCCUGGUGCAGCUGGAGCGGAGGUGCAGAGCCUCCUGGGACAACCUGAAGGUGAUUGCCAAGCACGAGGCCAAGCCUGUGCUGAAGAGCAAGCUGACAGACUUCCUGAAGGACAGCACCCAGCGCAUCGUGGUCCUGAAGGUGGUGCACAGGCGUGUCCUCAACAGGUUCCACUCCUUCCUGCUGUACCUGGGGUACCCUGCCAGCGUGGCCAGGGAGGUGAAGGUGACCCCCAUCUGCAAGCUGCUGCGGGAGUUCGCCCUGGAGUACCGCACCUGCCGGGAGCGCGUCCUGCAGCAGCAGCAGAAGCGAGCUGCCCACCGCCAGCGCAGCAAGACCCGCGGCCGGCUCAUCACCGAGACGGAGAAGUUCUCCGGAAUCCCUGAGGUGGCUGCGGCGCCUGCCGUGGUGUCCAGCAGCCCUGAGGAGCAGAUGGAAGCUGGCCACGAGAGCAUGAAGCUCCUGCUGACCUCCCCCACAGAGCCUCCUGCCCGCCGCAGCCGAGCCAGCCGGGGGGCAGGACCCACCCCCCCCAGGCAGGGCUCUCCCGCCCAGGAGGACGUCCCCAGCUCCCCGGACGAUGCCUCGGAUGAGAUGAUGGACAGGCUGGUGAAAUCUGUCACCCACAACCCCCUGCCCCGGCCCUGCGCCGCCAAGGAGCGCCGGAGAGCCCGCGGCAACAGGAAGUCCUUGAGACGGACACUGAAGAGUGGCCUCAGUGAUGACCUGGUGCAGGCACUGGGCCUGGGCCGGGCUCCUGGCAUGGAGGUUUGAGGGAGCCAAGGGGCCUCAUGCUGCUCCCCACCACCAGCCCAAGCAGGGCAGGACCUGGGGGCAGCUUCUGCUGCUCCAGGACUGGCACACUCUGCACCUUUGGUCUCCCUUUGCUUUUCCCUGCUGGCCUCCAGCUCCUGGAGGUUAUGGGCAGCAGGAUGGCAGCGAUGCCCCAGAGCUGCUCCAUUGGUGGCUGGGAGGGAGGAUGCCCAGCACCCAUGGGUGGCUGUGGAGGCUCAGGGUUCAUCUUCUCAACAGUAUUAGAGGGGGUCAAGGGGCUGGAUCCAGACCCCCUCUGGGAGCUGGGUCUGGCCUGUGGCAAUAAAAU